UGUAGUUUCUGUACGGAUGACAACAGAGGACGGAGCAGCUUCUUCAUGGAUUUCGUCAGAGCAGGAAGUAUUUUCAGAGUUUGUUUGAGAAGCUGCAAAAUGUGGCGUUUUAGAACGUUUCUACACGUGACGCUGGUUUUAAUGUGUGGCUUCGGUUGGGUAUGUGGAGAUAUUACAGACGGAAACACGGAGCAUCUGAAGAGAGAGCACUCCUUAAUCAAACCGUACCAAGGUAUUGGCAGCAACCCGUCCAGUCAGUGGGACUUCUGGGGGAGCACGCUGGUGACAACCUCAUACGUCCGUCUGACUCCAGAUGAGAGAAGCAAACAGGGAUCCAUCUGGAACACUGUGCCUUGUUACCUGAAGGACUGGGAGAUGCACGUACAGUUUAAAGUUCACGGGUCAGGAAAGAAAAAUCUCCAUGGUGAUGGCAUUGCAAUCUGGUACACAAAGGAUAGACUACAUCCAGGCUCUGUGUUUGGAAACCAGGACAAGUUUCUUGGCCUAGCUAUUUUUGUGGAUACCUUCCGCAAUGAUCUCCACGGAAUGGAUCGCUCGUUCCCGUACAUUUCGGCCAUGGUGAACAACGGGUCUGUGAGCUACGACCACGGAAAAGAUGGUCGAUCAUCAGAGCUGGGAGGCUGUUCUGCAGAGAUCCGGAAUAGAGACCACGAUACGUAUCUUGCCAUCCGCUAUUCCAAAGGAAGACUCACAGUCAUGGUGGAUGUGGAUGACAAGAAUGAGUGGAAGGAAUGCAUCGACAUCGGAGGUGUUCGUCUUCCUACCGGAUAUUUCUUUGGUGCCUCUGCAGCUACAGGAGAUCUGUCCGAUAACCAUGACAUCAUCUCCAUGAAGCUCUACCAGCUGAUGGUUGAACACACCCCCGAGGAGGAGAACCUGGACUGGACCAAGAUCGAGCCUAGCGUCAGCCUCCUCAAGUCCCCAAAAGACAACGUUGACGACCCGACUGGAAACUUCCGUGGCACGCCCCUGACGGGCUGGAAGGUGUUCCUGCUGCUGCUGUGCGCUCUGCUGGGGAUCGUGGUGUGUGCCGUGGUGGGAGCCGUGGUUUUCCAGAAGAGACAGGAGAGGAACAAGAGGUUUUACUGAGCACGGGGGAUGCUGCAUCACAGGUGGUUUGCUGACGUGAACUGUGUCCAAAUGAAAGUGUGAACACAUUCAAUGUGAACUUUUUCUUUCUUUUCUUUUUCUUUCAAAAAGAUUGUACAAAUGUUUAUAUUUCUGAAGCACUGCGUUUUGAGAGUGAGCUAUGGUGAUUUGUGAAGUUGACAAGGAGAAGCAGCUCUGGUGCAAACGAGUAACAACCAUCACCAGUGACACGGGGGGGGGGGGGGGGUGUUCACUCCCCCUUUGAUUUACUGUGUCGGAAGUUUAGGAUUUUGUUUUUAAAAACAAAAUCCUCCCCACACCACCGUUGCUUGUGUGAUGUGCCUACAGUUAUGAACUUUUGACACAGAGUGUUGGUUUUUAUUUUCUGGGGGCUAUUUUACUGGAUAUAAAAGAUGCAAAGGUUGCAUUCACAUUACUGGCUGAAAUGGCCUGAAUCUCAGAUGUGCUGGUUUACAUUUGGGUUUGG